AUGCAUGUACCCUCUGUGUCGACCGUGGCAUUGGCUGCAGCUGCUACAGCCUUUGCAGAUACUCAGAGAGUAGCCGCCUACAACUCAUUGCCAUCGUUAACUGUCCACGCAUGUCCUGAAGUGGCCACCAUCACGUAUUCCCAUUCCGUGCCAGAGCAGACCGCGUUCCCCACCACCGAAGUCGAACUGUGCUAUGUGGAAGACCAGCAAACUCCCAGCGGCGGCAGCGCCUUCCUGCACAUCAACUUCACCGCCUACGCGGAGCCAUACUUCUACUACGACCCUUCCAUGGGCACCAACGACCCGCUGUACGAGUACGAGGUCAUGGAGACGUUCAUCUCCCGGGGCACCAACGACCCGCAGACGUACCUGGAGUUCGAGGUCAACCCGGGCAACGCCACCUGGCAGGCUUUCAUCUACAACCCGUCCAAGGUCCGCGCGCCCAACGCAACGUUUACCAACUUCCCCAUCGACCCUUUCGCGGUCGGCAUAGCGGCCAGCACGGUGCUGGACGAGCCGGCCGGGGUCUGGAGCUCGUACGUGCAGAUCCCGCUCGGGCUGUUCAACGUCGACCGGAACAGGGCGAAGGGGACGGAGUGGAGGAUGAACUUCUUCCGCAUCGUGGAGUCGGAGGAGUCGUACCCGGAUCAGACUCUGGGGGCAUGGAGUCCUCCGGACGAAGCGAGCUUCCACAAGACGCCGUUCUUCGGAUAUGUAAAGUUCGCGUAG